AUGAGGCGACCCCCGCUCUCAGUAUCGGUUCCGGAAGGCAUGUGGGACACCGCGCCGCCGGCUCCGUACCCGCAGAGCAAGUUUGUCUGCACCCUCUUCCACUCGGUCGCCCACAGCGACCCGGGCGGCUCCGCCUUCGAUGAUAGCCCGCGGUCGUCGAGCUUCGAGACCCGGAGGGCGACGGCGCCGCGCGAAGCGCGCGGGCCCGCCCUCCCGCGAAGCGCUCCAACCGCUGUUCGAGGCCUAGCCGCCCCGCCCGAGGCCGCCGUCGCCCUCGCCGGGCACGUCGACCACGCCGUCCGCCCCCUCAAGCGAAGCAUCUUCGAGGAUGACGACGACGACGAGUACGCCGCCGACGCGGACUUCCGUCCGACGGCGGGCGAGGGCGACCGCACCAGUGCCGCCAUCACGGCCGACUUCGCGGCGCCCGCGUCCGCGUGCUACGGCGCGCUCUCGCGCGUCACGAUGCCGGAGCACUCCGCGAAGCACUUCGCCGCGGGCGUCCUGCCGGACGGCAACGCGGCCCUCGUGGGCCUCCCGCUGGGGCAGGGUGACAAUGAGCGGUCGGAGCGCUACACCGGCGAGGUGCCCGUCGUGCGCCGGCUCUGA